UAUAUCGUGAUGUUUCCGCCGGCCACUUGAGAUUUAACGACCAGUUAAUCACAAUUUAAUGAAACUGUAUCCGAUAUCCAACUCCACAACGUCAUCCGAGGCCAGCCUCACUGUGCUGUGACUUUGUGCUGUGAGCCAAUCAUGUCUGAACUCCCAAGUCAUUUGGUAACAACUUUGCUGCUCAUCGGCUUGGUGUGCAUUGAAGACGCUUAUGCUGAGGUUUGCUUCCAAGGGGGUUCUGGCGCAAGUAGCGAUCUUUGCUUUUUCAACAACCUUGAAUGCUGGGUCGAAGAUCCCGAACGGUACCCGUGGGAACCGUCGAAGCAGGACAAUCACUUCUUCCUCUACACUCGAAACAAUGCUGACAGCGUCGAGCUCAAGUGGGAUGAUGCCAGCUCGUUGGGCGCUUUCGAUGCCCAACGGAGGACGGUGGUGGUUGCGCAUGGUUUCACCAGUAGUCUUCACGACGACUACUUUAUAGGAAUCCGUGAAGCCAUCUUGAGCCAGUUUGAUGUCAACGUUAUCAUGGUGGACUGGAGAAAGGCCGCAGCGGGGUUACAUAACUACCUCCAGUGCCGCGUGAAUUCUAGACUGGUCGGGCGUCAACUUGGCAUCCUACUAAAGCUGUUGCAUGAACACCGGAGCCUAGACUACGCUGACGUACAUAUCGUGGGUCACAGUCUAGGAGCACACCUCGCUGGAUUUGCUGGGAAGUAUUUGGAAGGCCAGAUCGGUCGUAUAACUGGACUUGAUCCAGCCAAGCCAGGGUUCAAAGAUCACACGGAUUUACCCGAUUGCAUUCUGGAUAAAAGUGAUGCACAGUUUGUUGAUGUCAUCCAUUCUGACAGAGGACACAGUAUUUAUGGAUUGCAAACGGCGAUCGGUCAUCAGGACUUCUACCCGAACAAUAAAGAGUUUAAUCAGAUAGGGUGUAAUUACUUCAAUACCUUGACUGGCUGCGCUCACAUGCGUGCUAUCGACUUCUUCAUAGCGAGUGUGGAACACCUCCGAAACCCCUCCGAAGACUGUAACUACCAGACUGAGCCUUGUGAUGGAAGCGACUGCCCCAGUAGUGGUUGCCCCAAAAUGGGCAUCGAGGCUAGCCCUACUGGGGAAGAGCCUGAAACCUAUUGUUUUAAAACAGAGUGUUAUAAGUGGUGAGCUCAAACCGUGUCAUGUCCAUGUAGUCGUUACUAAACUGGGUCCUUUGUGUAAUGAUGACGUCUUAGGCCACUUCUGAAUUACUUGGCCAUAUGGCUUGAAACUACCCACAACUUUAAGGAAAUUGUCUGUGGCCAUUACCAUGGACCCGUGCGUAAUUUCAGGCCAUCGAUAAGUGAUUUGGACACAGCCUGAAGUUGUUACACCUUUAUGAAGACGAGAGGCGCGCACAUCCAAACAGUGCCACUUUUUUUCUGCAUGUAAAGAAAUAAAUUUACUGCAUUUUUCUCCAGUGAUCGAAUUUUCAGAAAUUCAUGUUAUUAGAUUAAGAAUUGGGUAAUUUCGGAAAGAUGGUAGGGAAGGAGCUUAAAUGUCUUAAGGGUGUUUGUAUGUAUUCUGUUAUUUCAUCCACAUUGCCCAUUGUCACGGUUAAAUUCAAACAGAUUUCUGGGCAGUUUGAGUUCCCCUGUGGAAUUCGCGUAGACAGAUACACUAUCUCAAAAGACAGUGAUGUUUGCUUUCGUACCUCAGAAUUUUGGGGGAUUUGCUAAUCAUGUUUUAAAAGCGAUAGUUAGUGUAAAAACUCCAUUUUAAUCGUCAUGCCAGCGCCCUGGCAGUAGCCAGGAAUCAUUGAAAAAUACCAAUGUGUGCUCAUACUUGCGAGGUCGUCUGUGUGAAAGCCUUUCACAACUGAGGAUUCGCGUAUAUUUUCACUUAGAUUUUGGUAAUAAAUUUGAUUUACAAAAGUAUGUCAGCCGCUAAAUUGUGAGUUUUGCUUAAGUCUUGAUAUAGAGGAUGUUUUCUUUAGAAAAUAAAAGAAAUAUGAUUAUCAUUCAGAGAAUGUUUUACUUAAUUACACUAAAGAGGUUAAAAAACACGCAAAGUUAUGUUUGGGGGAUUUCCGUGAUGUGUUUUAAUUUGGUUGUACUGCCAAUUUAUUAUUCUCUGCUCCAUCAGUUCUAAAUACGCUUUUUGGGUAAGUCCAAUUUUACAAUAAGAGGUAUGGAGUUGAUUUUAAUUAGGCCUAUGGACUACCUAAUAAAUUAUUUUACUCUAGUCCUUAAAAUUGUUCCCGUAUAUUUCCAUUUAACCUCAUUGUCAAUUUCUGUUCGCUAUUUUUACCUAUAUUUUGGAUGCUUUUGGGUUUCAUGCUGGUAUGAAUUUGGAUAUUUAUGAGCAAAACUGUGACAUAAUCCAAGGCACUGAACCUCAGUGUUGUACUGAUUUGUGCUUAAAAAUGGCUAGAAUUUUUUUAUAUUUCCCUGUCAAAGAUUUCCAUUUCCCGCAAUUUAUUAUUGUAUAAGUGUAUGGCAAUAGAGAAGCCAGCAACCAACUUUUUCUCAGAAAUGUGUUCAAAGAGCAAAUUCUAGGUUCAACAUUAAAACAGGGAAACUGAACUUUUUUUUCCCAGGUUUUACAUCACUUCAACAGCGCUGAUCUUACUUGUCUGGAAAAGCUUGGCCAUUGUUGAUUGUGUCAUAAAGUGCACUUUACAAUUCGUUUAUUCCAAACAGAUUUCAAACUUUUGCAUAACAUUGAAAAAGGUUUAGACAUUCAAAAAAGUGAUUCUGAGAAAUUUUCAUUGCAAGGAUCCUUUAUGAGUUAACACUAACUCAAGAGACCGCCAGUUAUGAGUUGGACGACGUUGUCAACAAAAAACUCGUAAAAGCUCACACAACGAAAGACCUGGAAGUCUGUGCCCCGACUACGAUCAUAUAAUUUGUUUUGAUACCAGAUGGUAACAAUGCAACACUCUCUAACACCAAAGUUUGAUUCAAUUCAAUUUGAUCAAACAUUCAUGUUCACAUUGAAGUCAUCUAUAAUAGAUCUAGAACAACUCAUACUGUUAACAGAAAAUACUCUGUUAUUAUUGACAUGAUAUGCCCAAAAUACAUGUGCUCAAUAUUUAAAGAUGUCGACAUGAAAGUAACUAAGUUCUUUAUGCUUCCCCUUGCACAUGGACGAUGACAGGACAAUACAUUCUGGAGCGAGACACAGUUUGAUGGUUCUGAAAAUAAAAUUUGCCUUGUCAGAGAUCUGACAUCGCACCAGG